GCUUUGUAUAGUAUCUUAUCUGUGUAAAGUUAAAACCGAUAAUGCUCGUAAACGAAAAACAUCGAUGCGGUCUGCUCGACUUGGCGAAUCAAAAUUAGUAUCAUACGGAACGGCAAGUCGCACCGUUAACUCGAUCACUGAAACUUGUCGCUGAUUAAUUGAAACAGCGACUACGAAAUGCCGCGGAAACAUAGACAAAUGAUAGGCUACAAAAUAUUCUGUAUAAUCGUCGUUCCAACGAUGUAUUUGAUCUUCGUUAAUACGUUAGCAAUAUUUCUUCCAAACAAUGCAGCAAGUGCGAAUAACCCUACGGAUACGCGACUUCGCAAGUUAUUGCAAAUUGGACCAAGCACUAUCGAAGCUGGAGAAAAUGAGGUAAACUGCACUCCUCCAGCGAUAGAAGAAUUUCCAUCGGAUGGCCUUACUCGACAGCAAAGACAAUCGGGUCUUAUAGCUAUACAUUUCGUGAUAGCGAUUUACAUGUUUCUGUUACUCGCUAUUGUUUGUGAUGAUUUUUUUGUGCCAUCGAUUAAAAAAAUUUGCCAUAAGAUUAACGUAACAGAAGAUGUCGCAGGAGCAACAAUUAUGGCAGCAGCUAGCUCUAGCCCAGAGUUGUUUAUCAAUAUUGUAGGUACUUUUGUCACGGAAGGAGAUUUGGGCGUCGGCACGAUUGUUGGUUCUGCUGUUUUCAAUAUAUUAGCUGUGCCUGCUUGUUGUGGUUUAUUUGCAAAUCAGGUAUUGAAUCUGGAAGGGUGGCCUGUCACGCGAGAUACUAUCGCAUACGCAAUCACAGUUCUUUUGCUUAUUUUAACUUUACGAGACGGUCGUAUCGAAUGGUACGAGGCAUUGAUUCUCGUUCUCUUGUAUGUUUUGUACAUUUUAGCAAUGUGUUUCGAUCGGAGUAUACAUCGAUUUGUUCAAUCUGUAACAAAUACAAGAAAGAAGUACAAGAAUCUUUCCGAAUCAACUCCCCUACUUUCUAAUGACCUGGUUAAAAGCACGGAUAUUAAUUUGUUGGAAUCGGGCGGUGAAGAUGAAUCGCUUGAUAUCGUGGAUAUGAAGAAUUGGCCAAAUUCGACAUGCGAACGGAUUUGGUGGUUGAUUACUUGGCCUAUAAAUUUUGUGCUCCUCAUUACGAUUCCUGACUGUAGAAGAAGCACAUUGAAAUCUUGGUACCCCUUUACUUUUGUCAUGUGUAUAAUAUGGAUAGCAACUACUUCAUACAUAGUUGGAUGGGUCAUCACUGUAAUUGGUGAUACAUUUAAGAUUCCUGAUUCGAUAAUGGGAUUGACGUUUCUUGCGGCAGGAAUGAGUGUACCGGAGGCUGUUUCUAGUGUUAUCGUUGCGAAUCAAGGGCACGGAGCUAUGGGCAUAAGUAAUUCGAUCGGUUCAAACGUAUUCGAUGUGUUACUUUGUCUCGGAUUACCUUGGUUCCUGAAAGCAGCACUUUUUCCGAAAACACCUGGCGAUCAUUAUGUAACGAUUAAUUCACAAGGUCUGGUUUACAAUUCCAUAUCGUUAUUUUCUACUCUCACCGUACUUUAUUUGUCUCUUCUAAUUGGCAAAUUUAAAUUGACUCGAUCCAUUGGAAUAGUUUGCCUCAUUAUGUACGUAAUUUUCUUGGUAUUUGCUUCCAUCCUCGAACUCAAUAUGUUCUUUGUGGUUAAUUUACCAAUAUGUGUUCACUGAUACUUUAUACAUAUGUUUGUUAAUCCACUGACAACCUAUCUUUACUUACCAAGUUUUACAAAAGGAUUCAGAACUUUGAAUCAGGCUCUCCUUCUAUCUCCUUCCGAUAUUUUGUUACGCACCAUGAAUCGUUGAAACAUCAAUUGAACAUUGGUUUCACAAUGAAUGUAUCGUGCUUGUCGCAAAUAAUUCAACUUUUAAUUAGUUCAUUAUAUUUUCCUGAAUGUCUGUGCGCAUUCCACUGUAUUAUUUUGUGAUGCAUAUGUACUUAUGAAUUUGUAAAUUUAAUGAGUGUAAUAUAUGAAUGCCUAUGUAUGUAUGUAUAUAUGAUAUUUAUAUAGCUAUUUCAACAAUUUACAAACCAUUUAUAUUUAGCAUGAACGUUUUUCAAAUAAAUUUCUGUAGUAUUGUACUUGUAGUUUAGCCA